CAAAACAAAAAGAAACAGAACCUACAGCUGGAAAUAAUAUUAUCAGUAAUUUAAAGUGAUGCUUAUAUAUUAACUGCCAGGUGAAGUUGUUGACAACAGCACGAUGUUUGGGAUCCUGGCAGCUGGUAGACUGGUACAAACUGAGUUUCAGCAAAUCAGUGAGACUCAGUUUCUUUUCAACAUCACUGAUGCAGACAAUGUAAACCAUAUCGUUGUGUUUAUGACUGGGCAGGUGCCCUUUCCAGAUGGCAUGGGUGGUGCAGUGUAUUUUUGCUGGCCCAAUCCCUCGGGUCCUUCCUGGAUGCUGUUAGGACAUAUAAGCAAUGCCAAACCAAGUGCAAUUUUUAAGAUAUCUGGAUUAAAGUCAGGUGAUAAUGCAGUCCUCAAUCCAUUUGGCCAGUCUUCCCAGCAGCCCAGUCAUAAUGCACAGAUAGGGAUCUCAGUGGAGCCUCUAGAGCAGCUGUCCCAGCAGACACCUGCCACCAACACCUCUCUUUCCACACUGAACACCAUGGUGGCAUUCUCACAGAAGAUGCUGGAAAAUUUCUUCAAUUAUGCUUCCUCGUUUGCUGUAAAUCAAGCCCAGAUGGUGCCAAAUCCCUCAGAGACAUUUGUUCCACUGAGCACCCUGCAGAAAUGGUAUGAAAACUUUCAGAAAAGAAUGGAAACUAACCCUAAUUUUUGGAAGACGUGAAGUAUUAGACAUCUAUUUAUUUUUUGUUUGUUAUUUACAAAUUAAUAAAUUCACUGUGAAAGAGAUUUUCCAUGGUCUGUAGAUACAUGUAUGAUGAUAAAAUAGAAUUAUUCUUUACUUAAAGACUAAAUUACAUCAGUCAAACACGAUGUUUGGUCCACCACCUGUAGACCUUAUGCAGGGUCCUGUUUCCUGAAAGCCAUGUUUGACUGAUGUUAUUUAGUCUCUAAGCUAAAGGGAUAAUAACUCUUCAUUUCGGCCAAAAAAUGAAUUUUCCUGGAGUAAACAACAA